AAAAAAAGCAGCUACGAACAACAUGGUGAAGCUCACAUUCAAGUUCCCCUUAGCCGGCUUGUUCAAGCACAAAGUUGGCAAGUUCAACUUCCAGUUAGAACAAGAUAUCCGUAGCAAGUUGGACACUCUAUCAUCUGUGACCAAGAUCUACACAAACCCCGACGGAACCCCACGAGUUCCCUCGGAUGCUGAAUUCAAGACCAUUGCAGAGUUGCAGAACUUGUACUACCAGAGAAACCACUCCGAAUGGAACUUCAUAUUACCGGGAAUCCCUAAGGACCAGUUGGAUUUGUUUAAGGACAAUUCCCAAGACUUGGCCAACUUCCAAUUUGUCACCAAAGAUGCCGGAAAAAUUAUCGACAAGAUUCCCUACAAGGACGAGACCACAGGCGAGUUGAAGUGGAAGAUCAUCCGCGAGACUGAGAAGGCUGAGGGCUGGGAAUUCCCUUACUUCUACUUGGUGUUGCCUAUUUUUGCAUACGUUGCCUACUCCAAGUACACAGCACAAAUGAAGAAGAGAGAAAACGAGGGACCAGAAUGGGCUGAAAAGGAAUUGAGAUUAAGAGCCAUGGAAGAGUACUUCCACGGUGAUACCGACAAGGCUAAGGAGUUCUUAUCGAAUGAAGGAAAAUCUCAGAGAGAAAUCGCCGACAGAGAUGAUUUGGUCGUAGCCAGAAUCUUGGCUGGAGACUACGACAAGUUGGCUCAAUUGAAGAAGAAGUUGCCAGCCGACUUGCUUCCCAAGGAAGAGAAGAACCGCUUCAUCAAGAUCUAGGUAAAGCAACCGUUCAUCGUCAUGUUUAUUAUACUUCAUUCAUAGUGUAAUGAGAAAUCACAAACUCUAUAUUGUCUCACGACUAUAUACAAUUUCUUUUAGAUAAGAUAGCAUUCAAUACAAAGUUCAUACGUAAUGUAUUUUUCUAUAACUCUCCACACUCUUCAAUGACGAUUCUAGCUGAAACACGGCCACUACCACUACCGUGACGUUCAAUAGUCUUGACCACAUCGUAACCUUCAAUGACUUCACCAAAAACAGUAUGUCUUCCAUUUAACCAGUCACAUGGCACAGUAGUAAUGAAAAACUGCGAACCGUUGGUGUUGGGACCAGAAUUGGCCAUAGAGAGCAACCCUGGCUUGUCAUGGGUGUAUACAAAGUUUUCGUCUGGGAACUUCUUUCCGUAGAUGGAUUUUCCUCCGUAUCCGUUGCCAAACUCAAUGUCACCACCUUGCAACAUGAAUCCGGGAAUGACUCUGUGGAAAAUUGACUUAGCGUACCCAAAUCCCUUUUCACCAGUACACAAAGCCCUGAAGUUUUCUGCGGUUUUUGGCACAACGUCGUCAUACAACUCGAACUUGAUUGGCUCUUGUGGAACUCCAUUGAUGGAUGUCUUAAAGUAGACCUUGGUUCCCAUAGCCUUGGCAGACGAUGAG